AUGUCCACUGGGGGCAGGUUUGACUUCGAUGAUGGGGGGUGGUACUGCGGGGGGUGGGACCAGGGGAAGGCCCAUGGGAGGGGGGUGUGCACGGGCCCUCAGACCCAGGGGGAGUAUGCAGGAGCCUGGAGCCACGGCUUUGAGCUGCUGGGCGUCUACAGCUGGCCCAACGGAGGGUCCUACCGCGGGACCUGGGCCCAGGGCAAGAGGCACGGAGUGGGGGUGGAAACCAAGGCCUGCUGGGAGUACCGCGGGGAGUGGACCCAAGGCCUGAGAGGCCGCUACGGCCAGCUCCAGAGCACCACCAGUGGAGCCAGGUACGAGGGAACGUGGAGCAACGGGCUGCAGGACGGAUACGGCACCGAGACCUACUCUGACGGAGGUAACCCCCAAUGUGCCUCAGUCUGA